AUGGAUUUUCCUUUGGACCAUGAGUACGAUUUGUUAUCAGAUGAUGAUGAAGAAAUCCUGCAGUAUUUGGAAACGCCGUUUUUCUUUCGAAGAGUCUUUGUUCAAAGUGAUUUGUUCAGUUCAUUACGAGAAGACGAAUUUUUGAAAAGGUUUCGCUUAAGUAAACAAAGCGCAGUGUUCCUGCUUGAUAAAAUUGUUCAUAAUUUUCCAAAUGAUGUCAACAGGAACCGAAACGCUGUAUCACCAAUGAACCAGCUCUUAUGCACAUUAAGAUAUUUCGCAACUGGUAGCCAACUAACUGCUUGUGGCGAUGUCAUUGGAGCUCAUGAGUCUACCGCCUGUAGAAUAUUACACCGAGUGACACACGCUAUUGCCUUUUUAUAUUCAGAUUUUAUAAAAAUGCCCAUUACUGCUACUGAACAAAACAGUGUCGGGGCUAAGUUUUACGAUGUAGCAAAAUUUCCCCGUGUCAUUGGGGCAAUAGAUUGCACCCAUAUAAAAAUUUUAUCUCCAGUAUUAUCAAUAGGUGGUGAUGAACAUGCAGAAAUUUAUAGGAAUAGAAAAGGAUACUUUUCCAUUAAUACCCAGUGCAUAUGUUCAGCCAAUCUACUUUUUUUAGAUGUAGUGGCCCGUUGGCAUGGUUCAGUACAUGAUGCCAAUAUUUGGGAUAACUGUGCACAAAAGAGAAACUUUGUACAGGGAGUUUACAAUGACAAAUUAUUGGUUGGGGAUAGUGGUUAUGCACAGACUAGAUAUAUGAUGACACCUUUACCUGAAAAUGCACCUAGUACUAGAGGUGAAAAACUAUAUCAAGAAUCACAGAUAAGAACUAGAAAUGUGAUAGAACGUGCAUUUGGUAUAUGGAAGAGAAGAUUUCCUAUUCUAUCAAAGGGCAUUAAUGUGAAAUUAAAAAGAGUGCCAGGAAUUAUCAUUGCUACUGCAGUUCUACAUAAUAUUGCAAUUCUCCAAAAGGAUUUGAUACCACCGCCUGAGGGUGGAGAAGAACCAUAUACCCUUGAGAUGCCAGUUAACAAUACUACUUUGCCUAGAAGUAUAACAGGCAAUAUUGAAAGAACGUUAUUAAUAAAUAACUAUUUUGCCAGGUUAUAAUAAACAAUUAAUAAAAGACUAAAUAAAA